AAGCCCUAAAACUAAAACCCUCGCCAAACCUCAGGCUUUCUUCAGCGCUAAAACCCUAAUCUUGGCUUUGUGCUCUCGCCUCCGCUGGUGGUCAUGGACUACCUCGAUGGUAUGAAUGAUGUUAGGUUGAAGCCCCGCUUGCUCCGAUCUCUCCUCCGGGACCGACUUCCCGAUGAGAAGCAACUGUCGCCUGGCCCUUCUGAGUUGGCGACCGUCCUCUGUGACGUGAAGACUUAUGGUCUUCUCUCUGAGCGUGCGCCAGGCCCUGCCGCAGAUCCAAAGUUGAUGGAGAGUUGGAAAUUGGCUGUGGAUGAGUGGGUAGAUCGCUUGAUGUCGUUGAUCUCAAGCAAGAUGCCAGAUAAAUGCUGGGCUGGUACUUGCUUGCUAGGGGUGACUUGUGAAGAGUGCAGCUCAGAACGUUUCAUAGGAUCAUACUCUGUCUGGUUCCAACAGCUUCUGUUAAAUCUUCAGCCAUUGUCUAGCUCUCAAUUUGUUAAAGUGGCUUCAUGUGCUUCCUUGGCAGAUCUUUUCACAAGGUUAGUUGCCUAUUCAAGUGUUAAGAAAGAUGCGACAUCUUUGGCUGGCAAGCUUGUUCAACCAGUUCUGCAGCUGUUAAGUGAGGAUGACAAUGCAUCUCUGGAAGGAGCAUUACAGUUGUUAAACACCCUCACAUCCAUUUUUCCAUCUUCAAUCCAUCGUCACUAUGAUAAUGUUGAAUCUGCUCUAGUGUCAAUUAUCUUGUCAGGGAGAUGCAAUGCAGAUGUGUCAAUGAAAGUUGCAUGCUGUUUAGCAUUACUUCCGAAGGUGAAAGGUGAUGAAGAUACUUGGUCAUUGAUGAUGCGAAGGAUUUUAAUAUCCAUAAAUAUGCUAUUGAAUGAUGCCUUCCAAGGUCUAGAAGAAGAAACAAAAAACAUUGAGAUCAUGAGACUAUUAGUCCCCCCAGGAAAAGAUCCACCUCCUCCUUUGGGAGAUCAGCUAUUGAUUGAAGGAAUACCUGAACGAACCACAAAACGUCUUCAUGACAUCCUUAUUCCAAGAAUUUCUACUCUAAUGUAUUGUUGCUGUAAGAUGCUUACCAAUCCUUAUCCUAUCCAGGUAGUCAUACCCAUUCGUGCUUUGCUGGCUUUGGUUGGAAGAGUGCUUCUACAGGAUGGUUCUUUGCACCAAAAGUUAUUGCCAUUCACAACUAGCUUACAUCAAGAACUUCUUUGCUCUGAACUUUCAUCCUUGCAUUCAAAUAGCUUGGAUCUUCUAAUUGCAAUCAUUAAAGGUGUUAGAAGCCAACUCUUGCCACAUGCUGCUAAUGUUGUGCGACUUGUAACAGAGUACUUUAGGAGAGCUGUGCUGGCUCCUAUAAGGAUAAAACUUUAUUCUAUCAUUCAGAUUUUACUGAUCUCCAUGGGUGUUGGAAUGGCUUUGUACCUUACUCAAGAAGUGAUCAGUAAUGCUUUUGCUGAUCUGAACGAUCAUCCUGUGUGUGGUUUGCCCUCUUCUAAUACAAACUCUGCAAAAGUAGUGAGUGAAGUAUCAGGUCAAAGCACCAGUAGGAAGAGGAAACAUGGUUAUGGAGCACCAAUGGAGCAUCCAAAUGGUGUUGAUCUUGAGGCUGAAGCUGCCAGCAGAAAGCUGCCAGCGCCUCUUGCUGUUAAAAUAGCUGCAUUAAGAGCACUUGAAGCUCUUUUAACUGUGGGUGGUUCUUUGAGAUCAGAGUUUUGGCGCUCUGAUGUGGAUCUCCUGUUGAUAACUGUCACAACCAAUGCUUGUGAUGCAGGAUGGGCUAGUGAAGGAAAGCUCACUCUUCCAACAGACCAACCAGCCUCUUCUCGAGCAGAUUUUCAGCUUGCAUCAUUGAAAGCAUUGUUAGCAUCCCUUCUAUCCAGUGCCCAUGUUAGGCCGCCGUACUUAUCACAAGGGCUUGAACUUUUCUGCAGAGGAAAGCAAGAAACUGGUACAGAACUUGCUGCCUUCUGCACCCAUGCUCUACUAGCGUUGGAAGUUCUCAUUCAUCCUCGUGCUCUUCCGCUUGUGGACUUACCUGUUGCGAAGAUCUCAAUGAAUGAUGGGUUUAAUAGCAUACAUCAGAAAAGUACAGCCCUUUCUAAUCAGAAACUCAACAUGCCCCCUUUCCUAAGGGGUAAUAUUGAAGCAAUCAGUGAUUUAGAAGAUGAUGAACUUUACAGCAGUUGGCUGCGCAGCGAGGAAGAAGCACCAGUCGGAGAUGACCAGCUUGGUGUGGAUAUUAUGGACACCGAGCAAUUAGUGAAACAUCCUAUAGUUGAUUCAGAAAGAAAUGCUGAGUCUGUGGACAAGACUCCAGUGCCGCCACACACUAUUGACGUGGAAAUUAGAGAGGUGGUCUCGACCGACACCAGUAAGUCGCAAGAGCCGAGCCAUAACAAUGGUGCUGAUCAUGCAUGGGAUGAUGCAAAUUGUUUGGUACCUGCUGCCGCCAUUCCUAGUACUAGUGAGUUGGAAGCAGGAAACAAAGAUGCUCCAACCGGCAACACUGCAAAUCUAAUGAAAGAUGUUGAGAGCACGCCUGCAGGCUCAGGUCCUGUUCUUAACAGGAAUGAGAUGGUCACAAGUGCACCGAUCAAUGUUAUGAAUCAAUUGGAGGAUGGAAGCCCUGCUCCUGGAAAAAUGAGUAUAUCGAGCAAGGGGAAGGGCUCAGCUCCUUUAUAUAAUUUGGAUUCCGAGUCUUCUGAUUCAUUACCAGAUAUAGUUGAUGAUGAUCCAGAUUCAGACUAGUUCUAAUGAGAUUUUGUACCUCAGGUUUUGUUUACAUGUGUUUCUAUAUGCUUUCCACCAGCUUGAUUAAUUGUAAUUCCGCCUUAUUAUUAUCUUCUUGAAGAAAAUGUGUAUGAGCAGGUUGCUCUUUAUAAAUAGUUUUCUCAAGAUUAAAUUGCAAUCGAAACUUAAAUA